UCCGGGAAACGGGAUCUGAAAGGGGCCUCCCCCUACUUCACCCCACUGACUAAACUGAGGGACCUCGCCUGUCCCUCUCCACCCAGAAAACCAGGAAAGAAGUUCCUAAAUGGGGAGGAUACGGAGAUCCUCCAUGGUGGAGAACCCUAAACUGAAAAGGGGUACCCCCGGCUUCGGAGAGCAGGAAGAGGUACAGUGAUAUCUUCCAGAGCCUGGACAAUCUCGAGAUCUUGAACGAACCUGGAGAUGCUGGCUGGAGACCCUCCGCUUUCAGAAGACCCAAAGCCUGACAAGACCCCUACAGCCACUGUGACCAAUGAAACCUGCCAGUGGAGUGGUCCUUCUCCAGAGGGUCCUGUUCCCCUUACAGCGGAAGAACUGGAUUUGCGGCUCAUACGGACGAAGGGCGGUGUCGAUGCAGCCCUGGAAUAUGCCAAGACCUGGAACCGCUACACCAAGGAGCUACUGGCCUGGACAGAGAAGAGAGCCAGUCUUGAGCUGGAGUUCGCCAAAAGUAUCAUAAAGAUUGCAGAGACUGGCAAGAUGUCAAUCCACCAGCAGGUAGCUAGCCACAUGCCGCUUCAGUACGUCUAUACCCUGUUUCUGCAACAUGACUUCAACUUGGGAAACCUGGCCACAGAGACGGUGGCCCAGCAGAAAAGAGACUACUACCAGCCCCUGGCCGCCAAGCGGACUGAGAUUGAAAAGUGGCGGAAGGAGUUCAAGGAGCAAUGGCUGAAAGAGCAGAAGCGGAUGAACGAGGCCGUGCAGGCACUACGGAGGGCCCAACUCCAGUAUGAGCAGCGCAGCGAGGACCUGUGGGUGCGCUCCCAGGCGUCCCCGGAAGACGGGGCUCCUCAGGCCUCACCAGGACCCAGCAAGCAGCAAGAAAAGCGGAGGCGCUCAAGAGAAGAGGCCCAAGCCAAGGUGCAGGAGGCUGAGGCUCUGUACCAGGCCUGUGUCCGUGAGGCCAACGCACGGCAGCAAGACCUGGAAGCCACCAAGCAGCGGAUUGUGUCCCAUGUUCGCAAGCUGGUGCUACAGGGGGACGAAGUGCUGAGGCGGGUAACACUAGGACUGUUUGGGCUGCGGGGAGCACAGGCAGAGCAAGGCCCCCGUGCCUUUGCAGCACUGGCCGAGUGCUGUGCCCCCUUCGAGCCCGGCCAGCGCUACCAGGAGAUGGUUCGAGCACUGCAGCCUGAAGCCCCACCGCCCCCACCACCUGCCUUCUCCUUCCAGGAGUUUGUGCCCUCUGUGAACAGCUCUUCUCUGGACACAAGAAAGAAGGUCUCUGGCCCCCUACCUCCACAACUGGAUGAGAGUACUGCCGAGCCAGGCCCUUGGGAGGACACAAGCACAGGCUGGCAAGGCACUCCAGGCCCCACUCCAGGCAGUGAUGUGGACAGUGUGGGAGGUGGAAGUGAAUCUCGGUCUCUGGACUCCCCCACUUCCAGCCCAGGCCCUGGCAUCAGGCGGUUGGUGAAGGUGUCAUCCACAGGCACUGAGUCAUCAGAUGACUUUGAAGAAAGAGAACCUGACCUGGGAGAAGGGCUGGAGAAUGGGCUAGGCAGCCCCUUCAGGAAGUGGUCACUGUCCAACGCGGCCCAGACACACCGAUUACGACGGCUUCGGGGCCCAGCCAAGUGUCGUGAAUGCGAGGCCUUCAUGGUCAGCGGGACCGAGUGUGAGGAGUGCUAUCUGACCUGCCACAAGCGCUGUCUGGAGACUCUGCUGAUUCUCUGCGGACACAGGCGGCUCCCAGCCCGGACCUCCCUCUUUGGGGUCGACUUCCUGCAGCUACCCAGGGACUUCCCGGAGGAGGUGCCCUUUGUCGUCACCAGGUGCACAGCGGAGAUAGAACAGCGCGCCCUGGGUGUGCAGGGCAUUUAUCGGAUCAGCGGGUCCCGGGUCCGUGUGGAGCGGUUGUGUCAGGCUUUCGAGAAUGGCCGAGCACUGGUGGACCUGUCAGGAAACUCACCACAUGACAUCUCCAGUGUCCUCAAACGAUUCCUCCAGGAGCUCACUGACCCUGUGGUCCCCUUCCACCUCUACGACGCCUUCAUCUCUCUGGCUAAGACCCUGCACGCAGACCCUGGGCAGUAUCCCGGGACCCCCAGCCCCAGCCCUGAGAUUAUCCGCUCACUGAAGACCCUCUUGGAGAUAUUGCCUAAAUCUAACUACAACACCCUGCGGCAUCUGGUGGCCCAUCUGUUCAGGGUGGCUGCACAGUUUGAGGAAAACAAGAUGUCUGCCAACAACCUGGGCAUUGUGUUUGGACCCACACUGCUGCAGCCACCAGGCAGUCCAGGAUCAACUGGCUGUAGCUCUGUCACCUGCCUGCUGGACUCUGGGCACCAGGCCCAGUUGGUGGAGUUCCUCAUCCUGCACUACGAGCAGAUCUUCGGGAUGGAUGAGCUCCCCCUGACCACCGAGACCUUGCUCCAAGACUCUAGCCCAGCUCCCGGGCCACUCACAACUAACCCCCAGCCCCAACAUCUUACCCCAGACCUUUUGCCCCCAGCCCCAGCCUCAGACCCUGACCCAGACACAGACCCUCACAGUGCCCUGGAAAAGCCUCCUGAAGCCACGCCCCCCCAGAUUCCAAUCUCAGAGAGUGACCAGAGAGAGGAAGUAGCCAAAGACACCAAAGAUGAGGGAGAGGAAGUGUCAUGCCAAGGCCCUGAGGACACACUCCUGGGGACACAAUCCCGUGGCCACUUCAGCCGCCAGCCAGUGAAGUAUCCCCGGGGGGGUGUGCGACCUGUCACCCACCAGCUGUCCAGUUUGGCCCUAGUGGCUUCCAAAUUGUGUGAAGACGCUCCUAUCACAUCAGUGCCCCAAGGAAGCCUGCGGAGGCGGGGGUCUGGCCCUGCUGCUGCCUCCCUUGAGAACAGCAGUCCCCUUCGCCGUACCCCAAUUCCCAAGCAUUUUGAGAUCACCCAAGAGACAGCCCGGCUACUCUCUAAGCUACAUAAUGAGACCAGGCCCAAGACCACCUGCUGUCCAGACCCCCCGCCUGAGGAAGUGGAGGACCAUCUCUGACCAUCCUAACACUCUGACCAA